CGUGACGGCCAAUAGGGAAAGGGAAACGUUUUGGCGCCUUCCUUUGAGCGGGGAAGAGAGUUUCCUGAGGAGUUUUGUCCGCUGACGCCAUUGCCGCUCUCCUCUCAGCGGCUUCUUCGGCCUUGGAGCAUGUUCCUGACGGACUUUCGCAAAGAGUUCUACGAGGUGGUUGUGAACCAGCGAGUACUACUACUUGUUGCUGCAGAUGUCGAUGCCUUGUGCACCUGUAAAAUCCUCCAAGCUUUGUUUCACUGUGAUCAUGUGCAAUACACACUAGUCCCAGUGUCUGGAUGGCAAGAGCUUGAAACAGCAUUUCUUGAACACAAAGAUCAGUUCCAGUAUUUUGUUCUGAUAAACUGUGGCGCCAACAUUGACCUGCUGGAUGUCCUUCAGUCUGAGGAAGACGCCAUAUUCUUUGUUUGUGACACUCACAGGCCUAUCAACCUAGUCAAUGUUUACAAUGAGACACAGAUCAAACUGCUGGUUAAGCAAGAUGAUGACCUUGAAAUCCCUGCCUAUGAUGAUGUCUUCAGGGAGGAAGAAGAAGAGGAAGAGGAUUCCGGACAUGAAAGUGAUGGGUCUGAGCCUUCAGGAAAGCGUCGGCGAUUUGAAGAGGACAUUAUGGAAAGAACAAUGAAAAGGCGGCAAAGAAGGGAAUGGGAGGCUCGCAGGCAAGAAAUUCUUUUUGACUAUGAGCAGUAUGAAUAUCACGGAACUUCAUCUGCCAUGGUGAUGUUUGACUUGGCCUGGCUCAUGUCCAAAGACUUGAAUGAUAUGUUGUGGUGGUCUAUUAUUGGACUAACAGACCAAUGGGUUCAAGACAAAAUUACUCAAAUGAAAUACGUAACAGACGUUGGGACCCUGCAGCGUCACGUGUCCCGGCACAACCAUCGCAAUGGGGACGAAGAAAACUCGCUUUCCAUCGACUGCAUGCGGAUAGCGUUUGAAUAUGACCUGUGUCUUGCCCUCUACCAGCACUGGUCUCUGUACGAAAGCCUCUGCAACACCUCUUACACUUCGGCCAGCUUCAAGCUUUGGUCUGUGCAAGGCCAGAAAAAACUGCAGGAAUUCCUUGCGGACAUGGGAUUACCUCUGAAGCAAGUAAAGCAGAAGUUCAACUCGAUGGACAUUUCCUUGAAAGAGAACUUACGGGAGAUGAUUGAAGAAUCUGCAAAUAAGUUUGGAAUGAAAGAUCUGAGAGUGCAAACCUUCAGCAUCCAUUUUGGGUUUAAGCAUAAGUUUUUAGCCAGUGACAUGGUGCACGCCGUGGCUGCUUUGAUGGAGAACACAGAGAAGGACGACAGCGGGACUGAUAACUUUAUCAAGGCGCUGGAUAGCCUUUCCAGGAGCAAUCUGGACAAGUUACAUCAAGGGCUGGAGCUCGCCAAAAAGCAACUCUGUGCCAUUCAGCAGACAGUCGCCAGCUGCAUCUGCACCAACCUGGUCAUCAACCAGGGCCCUUUUCUUUACUGCUACCUCAUGGAGGGCACCCCUGAUGUGAAAUUAUUCUCUAAGCCAAUGUCAUUACGUCUGCUUAGUAAAUACUUACUGCGGUCCUUUAUUUGUUCGACCAAAAACAAGCGCUGCAGGCUUCUGCCGAUGGUGAUGGCUGCCCCGAUGGACCUGGAGCAAGGGACGGUGAUCAUGGUGGGGAUCCCGCCGCACACGGAGAGCUCCGACAAAAAGAACUUUUUCGGAAGAGCGUUUGAAAAAGCUGCGGAGAACACGAAUUCCCAUAUUUUGUACAACCACUUUGAAACAUCUAUCAUUGAAUUGAAAAUGGAAGACCGGAGCAAAUUCCUGGAUGCGCUUAUCUCCCUUUUGUCCUGAUGAAGAUGGUGGCGUUGAAGAUUUUUAUUCUGAACCUUUUACGAAGCGGCUAGAAUUGACUGUACAUUGUGUGCUUGAGUUUCCCUAUAUUUAAGAAGUCCCCACCCCCCUCCUUGUAGAGCUGUGAGACCCUUUCCUUUGUGCCUUUUACCCUGUGUAUGAAACGUGUAAAUGCUAGCCGUUAUUUUCUGUCGUGUUGUAUAGAUUUGGUAUACACCUCUUUUUAUAAUGAUGAGAUCUCUGCAGCUGAUCCAAGUUUUGUAAUUGGAAAGCACAAUCAAAUAAAAUGUUUAACUCCA